AUGGCCAGACAAAAAGCUGAUCUUCCAUUAAGUGAUUAUGGUCCAAUAAUUCUAGUAGCCACUCACGUGGAUUUAAGCAGAGCGGCGAAAACACAGCAGGGCGAGUGGCUUUGUCCGGACGCUCAAAAAACCCUGGAAACAGUUCAAAAACAUCUACCUCACGUGCCCAAUUUAAUGGAUGUUGUAAUUAUUAUGGAUUCAAAUGUGCCUGCUUCGUUUGCUUUCAAACAAUUUAAAGUUAUUUUGGGAAAUGUUAAGCAAAACUGCAUACAGCAAACCAUUGGUACUUGGACUGGUUUAUUGGAAAGCGCCUUGUCUUGGAUGGGAAUCCUAAGAAUGGAUCACGAACAAUUUCCUGUAAUAACUAGGGCUCGAUUUUCCGAUUUGUUACGGGGCCAAGUCAAUUUGCUUGCUUCUGAUGAGCACAUACAAGAACUGUUGAAUCAAUUGCAUGUUAUGGGAGAGGUUUACAUCAUAGACUAUCUCAUAGUACUCUCAGUACCAUGGCUCGGUACCCAAUUACUAGGCGAACUGCUAUCCACAAACUUCAUUUCCCACGCCAGAGUAAUGGGAGUUUACACAGCCGAAGACUUUCAAAGUUGCUACACUCAAUGCGAUUCCAAUUGCGUUUUGGAAUUGUUGCAAUGUUUGGAUUUAUGUGUGCAAUGCGACGUAGAUGGCGAAAUUGAAUACGAAUUUCCCAUUUACAUACAAACCGAAACAUUAAACGGUUUGUGGGUUUCGAAUGAUGCUAAUAGUGAGUCAAUUUAUGGAGGUUCGAGACUGUAUACUUCUUCAGGGAUUUUUCAUUUGUUUAAAGCAAUUUUUAGUCAUAUACAAGUAAAUUUACGUAAAAACUUAGGCACAGUUUACACUGAUAACAGUGACUUAUUCCAAUGGAGUUCGGGCUCAAAAUAUUGCAACAUGGAAUUGGAAAGCUUGAUUACGUUAGAAGAAAAUCAAAACAGCGUGCAAUUUAUUGAAAUUAAAGUUAGGGGACCAAAUAAGCAAUCAGCGCAAAGUUGUUUUUACUUUUUGGACAACAUUAUGGGCAUUGUUAACAAGGCAAUCGCUCAAAUUUGUCCAGGUUUGUUGCAAGAAACUCACAUCUUAAGCCCUGAAGAAUUGAGGCUCUAUUCAGAAAACCCUCACUGUUAUAGCCCUCAAAUAAUUACCACAGCUAUUAUGGAAGCUGAAUCAACUUUAGAUGUUAUUUUGUAUAAUCCUAAUACUAAUUCUCAUGAAACUAUUAGUCAAAUUGUAAUGUUUGAUGAUAUGGAUUUAGCUCCAAACAUCCAAUGGGGUUGCGCUCUUAAAGUGCAACAGCUCCCAGGUCCAGUUAAAUUACGUUUGUGUGGGUUUUUGGACCCUCCUGAGCCUCAUGGACGGGAUUGGUGCCUUUUAGCUCUUCGGUUAGGGCUUUGCCAGAAAAAAAUCGCCGCUUUGGCUUCACAGCAUUCUAGUCAUACUAUGAGGUUGCUUACGAGCGCUGAAUGUACCAUAGGUGCCCUCAUAACGAGUUUGCAUGAGUUAGAUAGACAAGAUGCCGCGGAGAUAGUUUUGAAAUGUGCUCCAGUUUUUGAAGUCAGUUUAGAGCAUGCUCAAUAG